GAGUUGUCAAAAAAUUGUUGAUGUUUUCUAUUUUUUUUUAUCAAAUCGCAAAUGCAAAAAUAAAAGAAUUUUAUUUAUUUCAAUUUCGCAACAAUUUAACAUAAAUAUUUUUAAAUUUUGAAAAUGGAAAUUGCCGACACAUUUUACAGCAAAGAUGAAUACGUUCAAACUGCAUCCGGGAACAAAGUCAGUCGCCAAACUGUCCUCUGUGGCUCCCAAAACAUAGUUCUAAAUGGCAAAGUGAUUGUCCAGAGUGGAGCUAUAAUUCGUGGCGACUUGGCAAACGUUCGAACUGGUCGAUAUUGCGUGAUUAGUAAAAAUGCAGUCAUUCGGCCGCCAUACAAACAAUUUAGCAAAGGAAUUGCAUUCUUCCCAAUGCACAUUGGCGAUCAUGUUUAUAUUGGUGAAGGAGCUGUUGUCUCCGCCGCUGUAAUUGGUUCUUUUGUUUAUAUUGGAAAAAAUGCUGUGAUUGGACGUCGUUGUGUCCUUAAAGACUGUUGUAUUAUCGAGGACAAUGCAAUUCUUCCUCCUGAAACAACAGUCGCCAGUUAUAUGCGAUUUACAGCGAAUGGAACAAUUGAAGGCGGACAAGGAAAUCCAAACUUUGUUCCAGCUGCAAUGCAAGAUCAAAUGGUCGAUUAUACUAAAUCGUUUUAUGAACAUUUUGUUAUGGCUCAGCCAGCUUAAAGAAUCGUCAAUGAAAAAAAGUUAUUUACCUAUUUAUUUUGUAUUAUUUUUUUUUGUAAUAUUUUGGUUUAAGAAAUAAAUGAGCUAGAUUCAAAAUUAAA